AUGCUGGAACACACAGGACUCGGCCACUUUUCGCCUGCUCCACCUCCUCGGUCCGGUGACUUGAGCACGCCUGUUGCGUCACCGACAGACAGAGCGCUUGCCGCCACUUCGGUCGCUCGUCUUGCUUCAUCAUUUCCAUUUUUGCCCAUCGACACUCGCGUUGUUUGA